AUGGCUGCCAACGGCUCCAUCACAACAACCCUCUCUCCUACCCAAGAGACAUUAUCGUCGUCGCAGCUACUAUCGGCAUCUAUGUCCUCGCUGUCAAACUCCACAUCCACAUCCGCAUCUUCCUCCCGGCAAGCCUCUUCUCAAAUCUCCAAGAUCUACCGACAGGCCUCAACACUCUUCCUGACGCGUCGACUGCCCGAGGCUCUCUCCACCAUCGUUCCUGUCAUAACCCCGCCUAACCUCCAAGACGCACACCUAAAUGGCGAGACAGGAUCGGGGCCCGCGCCCAUAUCAAAAGCCAGCCGCACUACGAGAAUCAAGGUAUGGAGUUUAUACCUGACGAUCUUGAAUGCAGUGGCAGAGUUGGAUCCGGAUGAGGGAAAGCAAUCAUUUGGGAGCUCGGAUUGGAGAGCAUUGGUCACCAAGGUGCGGGAUGGACAGGUGUGGGAAGAGGUGGUGCAGCAUGGAUAUAGUGGGGUGGAAGGAGAUGUUGACUCUGAUGUCGUGAUAAAUCUAGCUACCCUCCUUUUAGCCCAUGCUCAUUCCCAAAAAGUCAACCAGGAACGCCUGGAAAACUAUCUCGCCGCCUCCACAAGCCCUAAUCUGGAUAUAUCAUCCCGCUUGCAGCAUCCCUCUUCCCGGCGACACUCUCGCAACCUAAGUCCCCAUAAGGGCGCCGGCACUGAUACCCCUCGAGAUCUGAACGCCCGCGUCAAAAUCCUUGAGCUAUAUACGUUACACGUCCUCCUCCGGAACAAUGAGUGGGACUAUGCGCGUGAAUUCAUUAGUAUGAGCCCAGUUCUGGACGAGGAGCGGCGGGAGGCGUUUCUACAAGCACUGCAAAGCCUGCAGGAUGAGCAGUACGAGGCUGAAAGGCGGGAGAAGGAAGAGAGACGCUACCAGGAGGAGCAGCUGAAGAAGGAUAUCGAGGAAGCCAGGCGGAGGAGAGUCGAGUAUGAGGAGCGGGAACGCGAGAGAGAAGAGGAGGAAGAGAGACUGAGGAGGGGAGGGAGCGAGGUAGAUUAUGGCGUGGAAGAAUCUAGGCCGGGAACCGCGCAUUCGAGGAAAGCUAGUUCAGCUAAAGGAGGCUCGAUGAAGGGCGCGAAUAGCCAUGGUCGGAAAUCCCCCGCCCGGGGCUUGCCGCCUACAGCGCGAUCCUCAGUCUCUCCUUCUAUGCCCUGGAAGCUUCCUCCUACAUUGAUAAACCGCGCAACGACCGUGUUUAGCAAUUUGAGGAAACUGGUCAUGGAAAGCAUGCUGGGGAAUUUCAAGACGAGUCCGUUGUUCUUGCUGCAGAUGCUGGUAUUCAUCGUCGGCCUCUUAGCAGUGCUUAGUAGGAAGGAGAUGAAGGAGAGGCUUAAGAGGAUGAUGGGAAAUGCGUGGAUGAAGGUUAGACAGACAGCCGGAAUGGGUGUCAAGGUCAGUUAUAUCUAA